UGAUUGACGCACGCUUCUGUUACCAGCGUGCACACACCAGACGUCUUUUCGGCAAUAAUAAAAGCCAACAAUCUCUCUCCUGCACUAAAUUGCAGUUUGUAAUGGAGUUGGUGAGCGAGGUGUUGCAGCGCCCGCGGCUCCUGUACGGCGGGGCCGGUGCUCUUCUCACCGGAGGGGCUCUGUUGUACAGACUCACUCACAGGAAAAAACCAACUCAUGUCAUUGUGAAUUGCUGGUUCUGUAAUCAAGACACUGAGGUUCCAUAUGGUAACAGAAACUGCUGGGACUGCCCAUACUGUGAGCAGUACAAUGGCUUCCAAGAGAAUGGUGACUAUAACAAACCGAUUCCUGCGCAAUAUAUGGAGCACCUCAACCAUGGGGUAUCAGCUGAUGUCCCUGUACUUGACACCCCCAAGACACAGCAGUGGGUCAAUUGCCAGAUGCUUCUUUGCAAGAGGUGCAACAGCAACCAGACACUGAAGAUCAAGCAGCUGGCUUCCUUCAUUCCCAGAGAUGAAGACAAUUAUGAUGAAGAGAUCGAAGUGUACAAGCACCACCUUGAACAGACAUACAAGCUGUGCAGGCCCUGUCAGACUGCUGUGGAGUACUAUAUCAAGCACCAGAACCGACAGUUGAGGGCCCUGCUUUUCAACCACCAGCUCAGGCGCAGCCGAGAUGCAGACAAAGCAUUCAUUAAGAGCACCUCUUGUAUGUCCACACCUGCUUGGUUGGUAGCUCUAAGAACCCUGGCCUUCUUCACUUGUGCUUUUCUGGUUGCGCUGGCCAUACGUGGGUCUGGAUGUGGCUCUGGAGAUGCCUCUUCUCUCCAGAACAGCCUGCACACUCUCAGCGGGGGAGUCAUCCCACCCAGUCAAGCCUGCCAAAAUGACACUGAAGCCAAAGCAAACAGCAGCACCAAAACUAUGCAAAUGUGGAAUGACCUGGUGGGCCUUCUGCCAGAGGAGGCAAUAAAGAAUAUCAAGCUCAUCUGGCAGUCUGGAAGCAACCACCAGAUGGCUGUUGCGUCUGUUGGCCUUUUGACUUGCAUCACCGGUGUCUUAAUGGCAGGGCCCGUCAGGUUGAGAAGAAUCGACGCUGUUGCCUCUUUACUUUGGCUUCUGGUGCUAUUCCUGUACGUCGUUGAGUGCUACCUGAAGACAGACACCCCUGACUGGCUAGAUGCGAUCAAGUUUGCUACCACCUCCUUGUGCUGCUUGGUUGGAUUCGCUGCUGCCGUGGCAACACGCAAGCCCAUGUGUCAGAGAAGAACCAGAGGCCGCAGGUAUCUGUCAGGCAGCUCUCUGAGGACGCACUCCAGUGGACAGACUGCUUUUCUGUCGGGAUCUGCUGCCUUCGUUCCUGCUCCCCCUCCCAAUCUGGCUCAGCUCCUCGCCCGCCAGCACGGCCACAAAGCCCGCAGAGCUUCCCCUUCCUCCUUGCCAGGGCGUCUCAACAGGGCACUCUCCCUGGGCACCAUGCCCUCGCUUGCCCGAACAGAUUCUGGCUUUCUGUUCAGUGGCAGUAGACCAUCUUCACAAUGCAAAGAAUCUCCACCUUCAGAUUAUUUCUCCCUGAAGUCUGGAAGUCGGCCCUCCUCGCCAGGCACCUCCCCCACCCCUUCAGUGGCAGGCUCUGUGGCAUCCACCUCGAGCUCAGCCAGGCAGCGCCGGCCUCUCAUUAGCCCAGCACGGCUUAACAUUGGCGGGCAGAAGCUGCAGCUCUUCUCCUCUGCUUUUGAGUCUGUGAACCUGGCUCCCCCACCAUCAUGUUUGCCUGAACCAAACCACUUCCCCAGCAGAGCUUUUGGAUCUGAUGCUCCUUACUUCCCGUCACAUUGUCAUGACUUAAAUUCUCUGUUUGACGACAGCAGCGUUUUUGAGCACGCAAACAAGAGAGUGGGAAGCUCUUCAGGGUCAUCCAACUGUCAUGUUGACACAACCACAGGGAAUGAAAAUGAAAGCAAGCCCUACUGGAAAGGUCGUGUUGGUCUGUCUCUUUGGCCAGGACUUCUGUUUGGCAGCUUGACUGCCAACCUAACUUUUAUCUCAUUUUACCUAUAUUACAACUGGAGGUGAGAAGGGGUUCCGGCUGAGGGGGACAGAACUGUCAGUUAAUGGAACACUGCUACUUCCUACCCAGAAAAUUGCCUCGGGUGGGGCAUUUUACACUACUGGUAGCUGUUUCUGUGGCUCUUCUCUGAAAAUUCUAGGAUCCUAAAGGUUCAUCUACUGGCGCAUUAAGUGCCAAUUCAGGUUCUGAGAAUGCUUAAAUAAACUAUCUGGAGUCAGUACCCUUUAAGUUAUGCUCACAUGUAGGUGAGACCAUAGAUCAUGCCCCAACUCGAGAUUUUGUAAAUCUUGCUUUCAUGUGGAUGCUGAGUUACCCUUUUUUAAAAUACAGGAGCAUGUAUAGACUCAUUGGGGGAGUACUGGGUUAUCUGAUUAGUUAAGAGUUCAUCUAGAUAAUUGAUGACACACAAGUGUGCUGUAUAAUGAGUUGUUUUUCUCCCAUAUUUCUCAUGUUGAGCAAUAAGUAAUUAAUAGGAGUGUUAUGGGAGGUUAAAUGGUGCUAUGGUGCGUAUGAUUCUGCUCAUACUUGUUGCUUGUUAAUAGCCCAGUGUAAUAGUGAAACAAGACAUUUUAGUUGUACCUUUGCUUUGAGUGUCAUUACUGCUCAAUAAAAUGAACACUUCAUAAAUCAGGUAACUAACACUGUACGUCUGUUCACUCUCAUUUAACCUAGUAAAUGUGUGAACAGCUGUGAUGAGUUGAUAUUUUGCAUUUAAUAUUUUGUACUUGGUGAUAAUGCAAGCAUACUAAAAUUGCAAAUUCAUAGAAAGCUGAAUGAUGUGCAGGGGUAUGUUGUUUAUACCCAUUAUAGGUGGUGUACAAUUGUUUUGUGUCUUUCGUGAGUACAUCCCCUACUGUUUCCAUGAAACACAUGCACAGAUAUUAUUCUGAAUGUUUAUUUAGUCAGCAAGAGAUACAGGUGUUAAAGAUUUUUAUAUACCAGAGAUAUUUUUUUUUAAUACUUUGCAUGUUCUUUUUCCAAGUGAUAUGCACACACUAAGAAACUUCAUUAAGUAUUUAUGAAGUAUUUCAUUGGCAUCCUAAUACAAUAGGUUAAUCCUUAAAAUAAAUAAAUUAAAAGGGAUUGACAUGCAGACUAAAACUCAUAGAAUAGAAGUGUGUAUUCUGUGGUACUGUAGCUCUUUUUUUAAAGAAAGCAAGUUUAGCAUCAUUUCUUUACACUGCUGACCUUUCAUAUCUUAAAAAAUGUCUGGACAGAGUCCUUCCAAAGAGUAUAUGUAGUCUGAAUGUGUGUUUAUUAAGAUGUAUGAUGAAAGUCUUGGUAAGGGGCAGAAAAAUGUAAAUAAACUAUGUAAAUAAAACAUUCCCACAAAACGUUGUUACAUUUA